UAUGCCAAAAUCUAGCCGAUCUCAAAUUAGAGCGGCGAGAAGAGCGUCCGAAAUUGCUAAACAACGACGACAGAUUAAUAAACUAUCCAAUCAUUUAAAUGAAGAAACACCCGUACUUCUAAAUGAAAAUCAAUUAAGUAGGAAUAGCGGAGGACACAAAGAGUCAGAAAAAGUAGUUGAAACAAUUAUUGAACUGCCAGAAGGCAAAGAUUUUACAAUUCAUGCAGAGCGUGAAGAAGGAGAGUUCAAAUCACUUCAUAUUAAAGAAAAGGAAAAGAAUUCCAAUUGUGACAAUUGCUUUAAAUUAAAGCAAACCAUUAAGGCUUUAAGACGCAAAAUAUUACAUAUUCAAGCAUUAUCGUCUAAGAAACCACGAGAAAAGAAGAGGUAUGAAAUUUAUACUGAUAUGAAAAUUGUCUGGAAAACUGACAGUCUACUAGCGGUGAAGCGUAAAGAUAAAACUCAAUACUACAUGAAAAUUGGAAUACCUCAGAAAGUUUCAAAGAGGAAAGCAUCAAAUGACUGUUGGUCAGAAUAUAUGCACAAACUUUUACAAAUAGCCAGUGGAUCUAUUCAGGAAAAUGAAAUGGCCAUGGUUUUGAGUAACUAUAUAAAACAGCAUAGAUCUUUAGCCGAGAUUGCUAUUGCCGAAGCCAGUAUGAAAUUAUUUAAGAAGUUAGACGUUGAAUCGUCAGUAAAGCUUAAACAAGAAAUGGAUUGGUCAUCUUGGAAAGUGAGAAAAUUUCGAAAGCUGCUGUCUGAGAGAGGAAUCAAAAAUUUUCUAGCCAGUGAAAAAUCUAUGUCUGAAUAUGAGAGAACUAGGCCGAAACAAAUAAGAAAACCCAUGGAAUUGGAACCUUCUCCCUAUACUGAAGUUAGUCAUGUACAUCCAUCUAACGAAGCAGUCAAGUCUUCGUGUACUUAUUGUCCUCCCCAAAUGCCAGCUUAUCAUAAUGCUCCACAGCAUUUCCAACGAAAUGCUCCUGUUCAUUUACCCCAAAUCGCUCAAGCCCUGCCACAUCAUAAUACAACAUGGACUAAUUCUCCUAUGGUGAACGGCUGGCAAACACCAACAAAUGACUGUCACCAUAAUUUUCACUUUAUUCCCAGUAAUCCUGGUCCUGAACAAUGGCAAUUUCCACACAGUGGUACUUUCUGGAAUCAACAUGUAUAA